CUGUGGCCCGGGUAUCUGCCCCCCGAUUGGCUAGAAUGGUCCCACCUGAUCUAUACUCUUCCUGCCUGCCUUCCAUCUUUACGGACAUGUAUUUCCAUCGUUCGAGCGGCGAAUAGACUCUCUUGUCAAUAUAAUAGACAAUCUUUGUGUCAGAGCUGAUCAUAACAACCUUCCAACUAGCAGCUUUGAGUUUGUCUUCCAUUCGAGAGUGAACAUUUAUUAGUGCCGUGUUAACGACUGAAGUAAUAACCGGACAUAAACACAGAUCGUCAUUAUGCCUUCUGCUUGUGACUCCCGAUCGAUGACAUUGAGGACAUGGUGUCAGCUGACGACCCGACUCCACAGGAGAGGCAGUAUGCCAGGAAGAGCAUCGUCCCCAGAGCCAGGAAGAGAAACACCCAGCAGACGACAGAGGUGCUGCAAGCAGACAGCGUGAUCCCAGGCAUGCAGAAGAUCUGGAUGAGGACGUGGGGCUGCUCCCACAACAACUCAGACGGGGAAUACAUGGCUGGACAGCUGGCAGCGAGCGGAUACAAGAUGACAGCAACAAAUAAUGACUCUGGAAAGUAAAGAGACAAUUAUCUCUGCUGUGUUUUUAAAAAAUCAGUAACUGUAGAAUCUACAACUAAAGCAGCAAAAAGCACAUUUGGGUUUUAAGUGUGUUUGUCCUCAAGACCCAAUAUUGAAAUGGUGAAGCCCAGUUCCCCCUGUCCACCACCAGAGGGCAGUGUUGCCCCACUGUAAAGAGACACCAUUGUUCCCUCCGGCAUCUCCACAGCACCACAAGCAGGUCAACAUUUUCCUCCUCUGAAUUGACUGCUCUCCCAGAUAGCAUGAUGUCAGACUUGAUUUGUGAAAACAUUUUGUUAAACAGCGAGUAACUUUUGUCAGUAUCGACAAGUGAGCCGCAUGCACUGUUAAAGAUUCAUAAUGAUUCACUCAUAUUAAAGAUUCAUAAUGAUUCACUCAUAUUAAAGAUGCAUAAUGAUUCACUCCUAUUAAAGAUGCAUAAUGAUUCACUCCUAUUAAAGAUGCAUAAUGAUUCACUCCUAUUAAAGAUGCAUAAUGAUUCACUCCUAUUAAAGAUGCAUAAUGAUUCACUCCUAUUAAAGAUGCAUAAUGAUUCACUCCUAUUAAAGAUGCAUAAUGAUUCACUCCUAUUAAAGAUUCAUAAUGAUUCACUCCUAUUAAAGAUGCAUAAUGAUUCACUCCUAUUAAAGAUGCAUAAUGAUUCACUCCUAUUAAAGAUGCAUAAUGAUUCACUCCUAUUAAAG